UGUGUCGCGAUAUUCCUCCCCCAAAUGCCCAAAUAACCCCAAACGCCACGGCUAACUCGGAAUUCUAGGGUUUGCAGAUUUUUCAGAAUAUUAUAACCAAAAAUGGCAGGUAUAAACUCGAAGGAACCCAAUACAGCCCCAAAACCCGAUCGGUGGUACAAUCUAACCCUAGGCUCCUCAUUCAAGGAUGACCAUCCCUCUUCCAAGUUCUGUACUUUACGCUAUGAAUUUAAGCCAGCUUCAAUUGAUAAGAACCAGCGCGGCACAUUGCACAAAAGUAAGGAUAAUAAGGUUACUGUUGAGUUCCAAAACAAUCAACCAGGGAAGCCCAAGGUGACAUUUGAGGGCAUUAGUGAAGAUUACAAGGAAAAUGAUGCUGUUCUUUUCUUUGACGGCGAGUCUUUUCGGUUAGAGAGAUUACACCGUGCUGUAAAGCGGUUGAGGCAUAAUCGAAUGAAGGGUGAAUCUAUAUCCACAGCAGCCGCAUCAGCUGGACCCUCUGAUGCAAAUUCACCCCCAGUUGGGAAAGUGACUAAGUAUCAGCCUUUGAACAAAGAGGCAAUUCAUGUGAUGCCGGGUGAAGUUGAACGAAUUGAAAUUGGGGACUUCAACAGCUCAGAUGCUAAACCUAGAAAUGGGAAGGCCCAUGAUUAUCCACUAGCCGAAGAAAGCCCUUCAAAUCCAUCACCAGACCUUAAGAAUGACGACCUGGAGGAGCAAUUGGAUCUAUUGAAUGAUGAUGACGAUAACAACGUUGGAGCAGGAGCUAAUGGAGGAAAGUUUGAUGUCAAAGAAUUCGACACCGGUGUUGAUGUCAAAGAAUUCGACACUGGUAUUGAUAUAAACAUACCGCAUCAAACUGAUACAGAUGAUGAGAUUGCUGAUGUUGAUGCGAGUGAUGAUGAAGCUGACAAGGGUGGCCGAAAUGCUGCAGAAGCCCUUAGAGCACAGGUCAAUGCAGAAGGAGAAGACCAAACAUCAAGCUCUAGUAGCAGUGGUACUGAGAGCAGUGGAAGCGGGAGUGGCAGUGGAAGCGGGAGUGGAAGUGGAAGUAGCAGUACUGAUAGUGAGAGCAGUGAUGGUGAUUCUGUCAACUCUAUCUGAAAAUCGUAAGUUGUUCUGGCCACCUCGGAUCAGACACCUCACCAUCGUGAAUUCACUAUAUGGAUUAUCAUCCACUGUUAAUUUUAGCAAGUUUUUCAUGGUUGGUACGUCGCUGGCACAAUUGUUAUAUUUUAUGCCUACACUUGAGGAUGAUAAUCCUUGGUAGAGUGCUCUGCUAAGCUUUUUUCCUAGUUCUGAUGUAAAAUUUAUGCAAUUAAUAAUAUAUCUAUGGUUCGAAAAGGCGAAAUGGAUUUGUCAAACCAUUUUAUUAAUUUAACUAUGUUAAAGACUUUUGUACCAGCACACUUUUGAUACUGAUUUCAUGGUCAUUUUGAAGUUAGCAAGAUAUGUUCAGCCAUA